GCCUUCUCUUCCCCGCCUCCAUUCGCAUCUCGCCCCCAAAACCCUAACCCUAGUUCCCCGGCGGCGAGCGAAGAUGACGACGAGGUUCAAGAAGAACAGGAAGAAGAGAGGCCACGUUAGCGCCGGCCAUGGCCGUAUCGGCAAGCACCGGAAGCAUCCCGGUGGGCGUGGUAACGCUGGAGGUAUGCACCAUCACCGUAUUCUCUUUGACAAGUAUCAUCCUGGGUACUUCGGCAAGGUCGGUAUGCGCUACUUCCACCGUCUUCGCAACAAGUUCCACCGGCCUAUCCUCAACCUUGACCGCAUCUGGUCCCUCGUCCCGGAGGAUGUCGCUGCUAAGGCCGAUGCAUCGUCAGGAUCGGUUCCGUUGGUGGAUGUCACCCAGUUUGGCUACUUCAAGGUGCUAGGCAAGGGGCAGCUGCCGGAGGGGAAGUCUGUGAUCGUGAAGGCGAAGCUUGUGUCGAAGAUCGCGGAGAAGAAGAUCAAGGAAGCUGGUGGCGCGGUCGUUCUCACUGCUUGAUCUGCUGAUCAUGAGAGAAGGUUCAAGCUUUCACUUUUUGUUUGAUCUCUUGAAAUUAGUUGUUAAAGACUUGUUGGAUUUUAUAUCUUGCUUUUUAGCAUUCUUGUUUCGGAUUUAUGUGUUAAAGCUAUCGAUUUCUGGUUUAGAGUACUCUGAUGGAAUACCAUGUUCAUUGAUCAUGAGAAAUUAUAAGUUUGUGGCAUUGAUUGCUA